ACUACACAAAAUGAAUUCAUUUAAAAUAUACUUUCUUUUAGUUUUAACAAUUAAUUUGUGUUUAGCAAACUUUACAAAGAAUGUCCAAACAGAUAAGGGUUUAGUAAAAGGAACUGAAGAAGUGUCGUCUGCUACUGGACACAUUUAUUUUGCAUUUAGGGGCAUUCCAUAUGCACAACCACCUAUUGAUAAUUUAAGAUUUGAGCCACCUCUUCCUCCAAAGAACUGGCCUGUGGUUUUAUAUACCAAUGAAUCUAAAAGUCCCUGCAUUGAAACAAAUAGUCUUGGAGUACAAUAUUCAGAGGAUUGCUUGUAUUUGGAUGUUUACACGACUAAAUUAACUGUAUCUCCUACAUCUCCUGCCCUACCUGUUGUUAUUUAUAUUUUUGGUGAAGGUUUUACUACAGGACAGGCCAUAGGAACAGAAGCAGGUCCAGAUUUUUUUCUAGAAAAAGAUGUUGUUUAUGUUACAUUUAGAUACCGAUUGGGUGUUUUUGGAUUUCUAAGCACAGGUGAUUUGGUGGCGCCCGGAAAUGUUGGACUCAAGGACCAACUAAUGGUUCUUAAAUGGGUACAGAAAAAUAUAAAACAAUUUGGGGGAGAUCCCAAAAAAAUAACGAUCGCUGGGGUUGGAGGUGGGGCUAUAUCAGCCUCUUUAUUGCAGAUAUCCAAGCAAACUAAAGGAUUAUUUUCUGGAGUUAUAUUGCAAAGUGGUUCAGCUCAUUCAUCUUGGGCUGUUUCGAAGAAAACUAAAACACUUGUUAAUCAAAUGGGCAAACAACUAAAUGCAAACAAUACAAACAGUUCCACACUUUUAAAAGAUCUAAAAAAAAUUGAUGCUUAUACCCUACAAAAUACAGCUUAUAAUCUAUGGAAAAAGAGCUACGAAGAAGAUCCUUUGGAUGAUAGAGCUUUUGGGCCUGUUCUGGAACCGGAACACGCAAAUGCUAUAUUAACUAAUACUACAUUCGAAAGUUUCUCGAAAAACCCUAACGACAAAAUUCCAACUUUGAUUGGUUAUAAUGCUGACGAAGGCAAUAACGAUGAUAUUUCAGGAUCCUUUAUAAAUACCUGUGUUUCUUAUGAUUUUGCUCCAAAUUUAUUGGUUCCAACUAAUAUGAAUAUAAGUGGGUUUUCCAAUAGGUGGACAAUUGGAAAUAAAAUACGAUACCAGUACUUUGGAAUAUGGCCUAUUUGUUUUCAGUAUUAUCAAAGGACAAAACUCUUCGGAGACUUGCAAUAUGUUCGACCAAUAAUACAAACUGCGAACCUUUUAUCAAAUUAUUCAAAUGUAUACCUCUAUAAAUAUUCCUACAGCGGAAAGAAACCUACAAUAAAUGCCAAUGGAGAAUUAAAAAAUUAUAAAGGUGCUGCACACUAUGCUGAAUUAUCCAGUCUUUUUUAUUCUCCAAAGUAUGUUUCAUUGAGUGAAGAUGAUGUACUUUUAAGGGAUAAGUUAACAACGCUUUGGACUAAUUUCAUAAGCAAUCAAAAGCCUACAGUACCUGGUGCCGUUUUAAAAUGGCCAGUAUUUAAUGAAAAAAAUUCUACUGAGUUCAGAUAUUUGGAUAUAAAUAAUGAUCUUAAAAUUAAAGUUAAUCCAGAUCAAGACACACCACCUCAGUCUCCAAAAAAAUGGCCUGGAGUAUUAGAUGCAACUAAAGAUGGUCCCCAAUGUGUCGAAACCGAUUUGAGGGAUAUGACAACUAUUAAAGGCCAGGAAGACUGUCUUACUAUUAACGUAUAUACCCCUGCAAUAGGUUGUAAGCUUAAGGUAAUGAUUCCCACAAUGGUAUGGAUUUACGGUGGAGCAUUCAUCGGAGGAACAAGUUCAAAUGAAAAAUUUGGACCAGACUAUCUUUUGGACAACUGCGUAUGUUUUGUUAGCUUUAAUUAUCGAGUGGGGAUAUUUGGUUUUAUCAGUACCGGUGACACGGAGUCUCUGGGUAAUUACGGAUUGAAAGAUCAGAUAUUCGCUCUGCAAUGGGUACAAAGAAACAUAGAAAAGUUUGGAUGUAAUAAAAGUAAUGUUUUGUUGUUUGGAGAAAGUGCUGGGUCCGCAUCUAUCUCUAUUUUAACCCAAGUUAAAAAAACAGAGGGGUUAUUCCACAAAGCCAUUAUGGAAAGUGGUACAAGUCUAUGCAUGUGGUCUAGAGCAAGACAAGCUAGAAAGUUAGCAUUUCAAUUUGGAAACCAUUUAGGGAUAAGAACAAAGCAAUCAAAAGUUUUAAUACAAAGCUUGAGAAAUAAAACCACACAAGAAUUGCAAAGAACCUUUAUUUUAAAGCUAUUUCAAGUAUGGGUGGUUCCAAUAAACAUGAAUAUUAAAGGUUUUAUUUCAAAGAUUGUGGGUUAUAUUAUCAAUGGUAGAUAUUUUGGAAAGAUUCGACAGAAAAUUCAGGAAUUCAACAGUUUCAUGAGGAAAUCCAACAGUUGGGCCAACUGGUUACAAACUAGAAAUACAAUGGACAAAAGUAAAUGCAUCUAAUGUAUCUCUGUUAAAUAUAGAUAGAAACAGUUAUAUGAUACAGAAUCCUUACUCCAAAACAUUAACAUUUUGGAAAGAUCUUUAUAAAAAAUAUGCUAA